UCCACACACACUAGUUGGUGGAAUCUAAGAGCGAGAGUGGUGUGUGUUUUCAUUUUCUCUUCACCAUCUCCUUCUUCCUUGCAAAAGGAACCAGCAGCACCACCACCAUAUCAUGAGCAUCUCCACCACCGUUUUCUCUGACCCACUCUUUAAACUAUGCCACUACCGAAACAGAGUAGCUUCCAUUCACCGUUUCAAGCCAAAUCAGCACACUCUCUUUUCCUCUUCAAUAUUCUCCAAUAAUAAUAACUAUGAUUCUUGUUCUUGGUCAUUCAAGCCACCCCACAAGUUUUUUCGUCCAAAGUUUGAAGCUUUUGCUGUAAAUACUGAUACCCUUGAACCCCUUCAAGCCUCUGAUGUUGUCUUCAAUCAGAUUUAUCCCAUCAACAGAGUUGAACUGGUGGAGGGAAAGGUCUUUAUAAGAUUAGAUCAAGGGAAAGAUUUGGAGAAUUUGGAGCUUACAGUUGGAUGCAGUCUACCAGGAAAAUGGAUUCUACAUUGGGGAGUUUCGCGCGUCGAUGAUAUUGGAAGUGAAUGGGAUCAGCCUCCGCGUGAAAUGAUUCCUCCCGAAUCUGUUCUUAUAAAGGACUAUGCAAUAGAGACACCAUUGAAGAAAUCAUCAUCGGAUUCUAAAGGAGAUACUUUUCAUGAAGUCAAGAUUGGUCUUAAACCAAGCGAUGAGAUUUCAGCAAUUAAUUUUGUUCUCAAGGACGAGGAAACUGGUAAUUCGUAUCACCACAAAGGAAGAGAUUUCAAGGUUCCUCUGGUCAACAAUCUUAAGGAGGGUGCUAAUUUAAUUGGACCUAAAACAGGCUUUAAUGUGUGGCCAGGGGCCUUAGGGCAGACAUCUAACACUCUCGUUGAGUCUGAAGCAACAGAGGACAAAGCUCAUGAAAACAACAGUGAAUCUGAAAAUCCAAAAGAGGGAAGUAGUCAAGUCAAAAGUUUCUAUGUAGAACUUCCUGUUACCAAGGAAGUUACUGUCAAUAACUCUAUCAGUGUCUCCAUUAAGAAAUGCUUGAAAACAGCUAAAAAUCUCUUAGAUUUAGAAACAGAUGUACCGGGAGAUAUUCUGCUUCACUGGGGAGUUUGUAGAGAUGAUUUAAGAAAGUGGGAAGCUCCACCUGCUCCUCAUCCACCGGAAACUGUCGCAUUUAAAGACAAAGCUUUGAGAACUCAAUUAAAGUCAAAAGGCAGUGGAGAGGGAAGUUCAGUACAAAUCUCUUUGGAAGAAGAAUUUUCAGGAUUUCUUUUUGUUCUUAAGCUAAAUGGAAAUUCUUGGUUAAAUUACGAAGGAAACGAUUUUUACGUCCCUCUCUCAACUUCUGGUAACUUAAUUAUCGGAAACAUAGAGGAUCAAUCAACAGUCGUACAGAGUGAAGUGACUGAAGAACCAAGUCAAGAGGAAUCCGACUCUAUAUUUACCGAUGAAAUAAUCACUGAAAUAAGGCAUUUGGUUACGGGCAUUUCAUCUGAGAAGCGUCGAAAAACAAAAUCCAAAGAAGCGCAAGAAGUCAUUCUUCAAGAGAUCGAAAGACUGGCUGCUGAAGCCUACAGUAUCUUCAGAACCUCCGUUCCAGCUUUCUCAGAGGAAACUAUUGUGGAACCCGAAGUUGUGCCUGAGGUUCCUCUAAAAAUAACUUCGGGAACAGGCACUGGGUUUGAAGUAGUAUGCCAAGGGUUUAACUGGGAAUCUCAUAAAUCUGGAAGAUGGUACAUGGAGCUUAAAGAGAAAGCUGCGGAAUUAUCGGCUCUUGGAUUCACUGUGAUUUGGUUACCACCACCUACAGAUUCUGUUUCACCCGAAGGAUACAUGCCGAGGGAUUUAUAUGAUUUAAAUUCUAGAUAUGGUAGCUUUGAUGAAUUGAAGGAUGUGGUGAAAACAUUUCAUAAAGCUGGAAUCAAAGUGCUAGGAGAUGCUGUUUUGAAUCACCGCUGUGCACAACAUCAGAAUCAUAAUGGUAUUUGGAACAUAUUUGGAGGUCGCCUCAAUUGGGACGAUCGUGCCGUUGUUGCUGAUGAUCCUCAUUUUCAGGGGAGGGGAAACAAGAGUAGCGGAGAUAAUUUCCAUGCGGCUCCAAACAUUGAUCAUUCACAGGACUUUGUGAGAAAAGAUCUUACAGAAUGGUUAUGCUGGUUAAGGGAAGAAAUUGGGUAUGAUGGGUGGAGGCUUGACUUUAUCAGAGGAUUUUGGGGUGGCUAUGUAAAGGACUACAUGGACGCUACUGAACCGUACUUUGCUGUGGGAGAGUAUUGGGAUUCCCUCAGUUAUACGUAUGGUGAAAUGGAUCAUAAUCAAGAUGCGCACAGACAGAGGAUAGUUGACUGGAUUAGUGCUGCCGGGGGUACUGCUGGUGCAUUUGAUGUUACAACCAAAGGGAUUCUUCACUCUGCGUUGGAUAGAUGUGAAUAUUGGCGCUUGUCAGAUCAGAAGGGAAAACCACCCGGCGUUCUUGGAUGGUGGCCAUCUCGUGCUGUUACUUUUAUAGAAAAUCAUGACACUGGUUCUACACAGGGUCACUGGCGAUUUCCCCACGAAAAAGAAAUGCAAGGAUACGCGUACACUCUUACUCACCCAGGAACUCCAUCUGUGUUCUUUGACCAUAUUUUCUCUCACUAUAAAACUGAAAUAGCGGCACUUAUCUCUAUAAGGAAACGGAACGGGAUCAACUGCAGGAGCACGGUUCAAAUUUCCAAGGCAGAUAGGGAUGUUUAUGCUGCUAUCAUUGACGAAAAAGUCGCUAUGAAGAUUGGUCCUGGUCAUUUUGAACCACCUAGUGGUUCCCAAAACUGGUCAUCAGCUUGGGAGGGAAGAGACUAUAUGAUUUGGGAGGCAUCAUAAUAUAUUAAUUAGUUUGUAUCUUAUACGUGUAUAUAUAUACACGUUUGUUUGUUUAUUUAUUCGGAUGACGGUGUUAGGUGCGACAAACUACAAUUUAAGCGAGUUUGCGGCACAGAAGCAUCAUUAUAAAGAAGAAGGAUGCAGAUGGUUCAUUUCAGCUAAAGUCUGGUUGAUCUGAAACUAGAUUCAAAUCAAUAAUUGAGAUUGAAUUGUUGUAUCAUUCUUACUAUGUUUAUAAUUUGUAUUGUAUUUAAAUUGCUACAAAAAUGUAUUCAACAAUUGGCACUUAUAGUAUAUAGCCAUCAACUUUUGAAGUAAUGGAUUUAUCUUAGAAA